AUGACAUCGCCCGGAGAUGCACCUCCGGUCAAACCUCCGCCGUCCUUCUCCCCCGGCGUGCCGCGUGUCGCAACAAAGACACGAUAUCCAAACCAGCGCCGGGAUUCUUCGUCGUCUCUAGAUCCGGACUCGGUGGAAGCUAGACUUGCGCCAUCUCCGACUCCGCCUCUCUCCAGUACGACAUCGGAAUUCCCGAUACGUUCUGCAUCACCGCACACUCGGUCGUUGAGAUCUUCAACUCCACAACUAGGCAGAUCAUCUUUAGGCUCCCCGCUAGAAGGACAUGUUGAUGGCACAGAAGAUAUACGAUCGCUGAUUAUACGUUCUUUCUCCCCAACCAUUGGGGUUUAUGCGUCCGUGGAUACCGAUGAUUUGGUGCGGGAGAAAGGCUUCAAAGGCGGCUUUUGGGAAUUGAUCCGGCCUUUUGGAGAGACAGUCCCUGGGAAGAUCGUCAUCCGGGACAGCGUGGGGGCGAGUCGCGGCUGGGAGGAUUACGGGGUGCGAUUCGUAGACUUGGGUGGACAACAACGGUUUCCCGGCGAUUCGGACUCUGACCGGAAUCCUCUGGCACAGCUGGAAGAGGUCGUUGAUGGCCAAUUAAAUGCGGCACACGAGCUAUUGGGGACAACCAUACGUCCAAAAGAUCUUUCUAAUCUCUCCGCCACGUCACCGUUAUAUAAAUCCUACCUGCGGUCACUCUUAUCGACGGCGACUGCCGCACCACAUGAGACCUUCCGCCAUCCUGUGGCAAGCGUGAUCGCUAUAAGUUCACGCAACAGCGCUCCGUUGGAAACCCUGAGGCAGCUAUAUGCAGAUACUAGCAAUGGGGAUCGAAAAUUACCGCAAUGGAUUCACUCGGAGUAUCUCCGCUACUAUGUCCUCGUCCACGACGAGGAUCGGGAUGAUAUCACGGAGUCAACCAAGCUCUACGAUCAGAUGAAGCGGCAUUUUGGGUUGCAUUGUCAUCUUCUGAGGCUUCGAAGCACUCAGUGCGUAGUAACGGAUGAUGAUAGUGCUCCAGUACCACAUUGCGAGUGGCUUUCACCAUUUGAGCAGUUAUCAAGCCAUACCGAGCCUCUAGUUGAGAUUGACAGCGAUAGCCAUCCCUAUCUCUUUGACUCGGAUAUCAUGUCCAUCAAGGGUCUUGUCCGAGAGCUAGUGGCGCAAUCGCUCAUUCCUUAUAUGGAGAACAAAGUUGCCGUCUGGAAUGAUCAGGUGGCAUCGCGGAGGCGUGGUAUCAGCGGCCGCUUCAUGUCCAUGUCUCGAAAAUGGGCAGGUUUUGGUUCUAGCUCUCGUUCUGGUAUCGCAGGGUCUGGCGGAGGUAAUUACGAUAUUACGCAUGGAUUCUAUAAACCAGACGCUCCCGAAGCAGUCCUGCGCAAAAUGGCAGAUUUUGCUUUUAUGCUCCGUGACUGGAAAUUAUCUGCAUCCACUUAUGACCUGCUCCGUUCGGACUACUCAAACGACAAGGCUUGGAGAUAUCACGCCGGCGCCCAUGAGAUGUGCGCCGUCAGCACUCUCCUGAAUCCAAUGGCAAUGCCGGCCAAAACGAAACUCGAAAGCAUUGAUCAGAUGCUGGAGACGGCUUGCUAUUCCUAUCUCACACGAUGCUCCGAUGCGCCAAAUGCUUUGCGCUGCCUGUGUCUUGCUAUGGAACUUCUCAAGUCUCGUGGGGGUUUUGCUACUGAAAGCGCAGCCAAAUGGGCCAUGCGGGCCAUGGACCUAGGCUUAGUCGGAACUAUAGGACAAAUUCUCAUUAGCGAAAGAAUCUCUGCUUGCUAUGCUUCGAGGCCGCCUUUGAGCGGUGUCAAAUGGGGCGGCCGUCGCAGAAAAGCUGGGAUGUGGAGCGUCCUCGCUGCUGAUUCCUGGCUUAAGCUCGGAAAGCCAACUCUAGCCUCGACUUGUCUUGAAGAAGCAGAGCGUCUGUACGCCGAUGUUCUUGACAGUGAUGGACUAUUUCCGAUGCCAGAGAUACAGUCCUUCGUGGAUAACCUACGGCAUAACGUGAAAGUUGAAUAUCUAGGCGCAAGAGGGUUGAACACCAGAGCUGGGAUUUCUGCCACUGAACCACUAGAGACUGAAGAAACCAGUGAGAAGCUGGACACACGCCAACACCGAAAGUCAUUGAUUGGCAACGCGUUGGAUUCUGGGGGCCUCAAUGCACCGACGAGGGAUAUUGAAACCCCGGAGAAUGAUGAUUUUGAACGAGCUUAA